AUGAGCGGUGGAGGUGGAUUGGAAGAGAAAAGGAGGUGGCGGGAACAAAACGCAGCGUUUGAUAUUCAUACCUUAAUAACAAAUGGAAUGGAGAAGAAAAUAGAAGGUAGAGAGGAAACGGUUAGAAGUGGCGGAGUCUUGGGUGGCGAAGAAAGAGAGAAACGGCCUUCGUUUUCCCGUUACAAUCUCUCUCUCCUCCUUCUGUUAUCGUUUUGGGGAUGGAAUCCAAAAGUUGUGGAUGUUGUUAUGGUAUUUUUUGAAUUCGAAAAGUAA